AAUGGCAGCCCCCAGAAAAACAAAAAGUCUAGAAUUCCAUGAAAUGUCUUAUUUUAAAACAGAAUGAAAGGGAUUGUGUAAUUCAUUAUGACUUCAACGAAAUCACCAGUAUCACUUGCAAACUUUUUCAUCUUCAACCCAACCCUAGGGCCCAGGGAAGGAGAGGAACACAAGAAAAUCUUACUGUAUUACCCCACAGAUGUUGAUAUUGAUACCAAGAUUAAAAAUAUUGGACUAUGUGAAGCUAUUGUCAACUUCACUAGUACAUUUACUGAUGCACCAUGUGAGGUGAUGCAUACGCAGAAAAGACGUCAAGUCUUCUAUCAGGCGGAGAAAAACUUUUGGAUCGUAAUGACAGUAACAAUACCAAUAUCCCACAAAACUAAAGAUGGUGUACCAUAUAUAGAGUAUCAUGAAGAUGACGUCCAAGAUUCUGUCUUUCAAGCUGUGUUAAAACAAGCAUAUAAGAUGUUCAGGUUUUUCAUGGGUCCCUUCUCAGAUAUUAUGGACAGAGGAAAUGUUCAGAGUUUGAUACAAAGAUUAGAGCACUUCUAUUACAGGUAUCUUCCCACACUGAAACUUGACAAUAGUGAUAUCCUGGAUGUUUUUAAUGGCAUUCACUUUCUGCCACUAGACAAACAUACAUACCUUCGUAUACAGUCUUUCACAAACCUACUGGAGGCAACAUUUUCUCAGAUUAAGUACACAGCUUUCCUCUACAAUGAUCAGUUAGUCUGGAGUGGGCUUGAACAAGAUGAUAUGAGGACAAUGUACAAGUAUCUAACAACAAGUUUAUUCCCUCCUUUCCUAGAGCAAGAACUACAGGGCAGUCCAGUUGCCAAUAACGACAGGAGAGGUAGCUCUGUAGCGACGCUUCACUAUGGCAGAUAUAUAAAUGGUCCACCUAAUAUGUCUGACAGUAGCAAUCUUGGGAAAGUGCCCCGAGUCUACAUAAACACAGAAUCUACAUGUGAGGAGUGCCAUCUAGUGGUGUACAGAGCACUUAGUGCUACAGUCUGUCUUCUUGUAGAUGCUAGUUAUCCUCUUCAGUUUGACUUCUACCGGAGUAUAGAUGGCCUAGUGGGUCCAAAGCUGAGUGUUUUAGCCUCAGAUAUCAGUGAACAAUAUGUCAAAAGGUCAACUCCUAGUACGGGAGAAGUGCAAUUUAAAUAUAUUUAUUUUAACCACAUGAACCUUGCUCAGAAGACGACAGUGCACACAGACAGUAAGAAGUCAUCCAAUGUCAACAUUCCCGCAGAUAUCCUACGUCUGCUCAGUGACAUCAACUCUGACCUCAGCAGGAAUGUUGAUGAAGGUGAGACGAUUGUUAAAUCAAUCACAGACUGCUGGGUCGUAGGAAAAAAAUCUGACCAACGAGAAUUCUAUGUCGUCAUAAACCAGAAAAAUGCCAAUCUUAUAGAAAUCAAUGAGGAAGUAAAGAGACUAUGUGCAACUAAUUUCAACAACAUCUUCUUCUUGGAUUGAAACAACAUGUCUGCCACAAACUUCAGCAACAUCUUCCACGUGGGCAAUGUACACCAAAACAGACACUAUCUGUCAUUGUUUGCUCUGACAGUUUGUUAUGAUUUUAGCAGACCUUAAACUGACUUACCAUUUACAUUCAACAUGAAUAGAUUUGAGUUGAACACAUAAGAUGGAAUUUCUCUCGAUUUGAAAGUUAAGGUGGAUAUGGAUGCAGGAUCACUCAGAUUUACAUGGACUUAAGCUUGGCUACUGUCUCUCUAAUCAAAAUGUACGCACUUCAUUUUAUUUUAUUUAAAAGUAAGGAUGAAUAAAAAAGAAAAAUGGAAAUCAUUUUAUAUCUACCCAAAAUUGCAUUCAAUACAAAUAUUUUAUUGUGAUAGAUUGCAUUGAAAAUGUAUAUAUUUAUGUACCAUA